UGUGAUCCUGACUCCAGACAUGAAAGAAGGCCUUUAUGCGUAUAAAGAAGACAUUCAGCACACACACACUCAGGCAUUGUCUCAAUACACAACCUACUGAGGAACCCGGCUUACAUCGAGUGUCAUGCCUGGUCUGGUCAGCUGAUCAGUGUUUACUAUGUGACCGGGGGCUGAGCGUAUGGAGGUGUGUGAGAGUAGUGUACUGGAGCCAGGGGCCCCAGGGAGCUCUAUUGUAGAGCCAGGGCUGAAGAGGCUCUCCUUUGCAUACCAGAGCCUGCAGGAGAUUCCUUAUGAUGUCAUUCUCAAACAACGGGACACCCUAGAGGUCCUGGACCUCAGUUAUAACCUGCUGGAUGACCCAGCUCUUCUGGGGGAACUGGACAAGCUGAGUACUCUCAUCCUGGAUGGCAACAACUACAGCACUCAUGUCAAGUUCCCCUACAUGCCAAGUCUCACUACACUGUGGAUCAACAAGAACAAAAUAAGCAACCUUCCCAUUAUAGUUGAAGAGAUACGUUGCAAGUUUCCCAAUAUCAAGAUACUUAGUAUGAUGAACAAUGAGGCAGCACCCAGUUACUUUAAUGGAGGCAGCCUGACCCAGUACAUUGAUUACAGGCAGUAUGUUAUCAGUCAGAUCCCCAGUCUGGAAGUGCUGGAUGACACAGAGGUGCAGGAGAAAGAGAGAGCACAGGCCAGGAAGACUUACAGGAUGCAGAAGAGCAGAGAUGGUAGUAAAAGGAGGAAGGAGCUCCAUCGCUGACAGUUUCUUCAUCUAGCUGAUACUACUGUGCUCUACGACAAGCUUGACCUGUUCCUUUAUUGUUACCAAGAACUACCCAUGCAGAUAAACAUGAACUAGCUCACAGCUGCAUGGUGGUGAUAUGGAAUGACACUAAAUCUAAACAGAUACAAAUGCAUGAUAACUGGUUUUACACUUGUACUGUUUCUCUCUUUCUUUUCUAUAAUGAAUGUUGAACAGUAUGAACAAGUACAAGUAUAAAGCAUAUAUAUAUACAGUUUGGGGAUGGCCCCCUUCCUGACUUCAACCCUACAGAACAGGUUUGGGAUGAAUCAGAGCGGAGGCUUUGAGCCAUUCCAAAACUGGGACGUCUGCCUUUACAUGCACAUGAACUUAAUAUGGAGUUGGCCCGCCCUUUGCAGCUAUAACAGCUUCAACUCUUCUGGGAAAGCUUUCCACAAGGUUUAGGAGUGUGUUUAUGGGAAUUUUUGACCAUUCCUCUAGAAGAGCAUUUGUGAGGUCAAGCACUGAUGUUGGACAAGAAGGUCUGGCUCGAGAGUCUCUCAAAUUCAUCCCAAAGAUCUUCUAUAAAGUUGUGGUCAGGACUUUGUGCAGGCCAGUCAAGUUCAUCCACACCAAACUCUCUCAUUCAUGUCUUGAUGGACCUUGCUUUGUGCACUGGUGUGCAGUCAUGUGGGAACAGGAAGGGGUCAUCCCCAAACUGUUCCCACAAAGUUGGGAGCAUGAAAUUGUCCAUAAUGUCUUGGAGUUCCUUUUACUGGAACUCUAAAUGCAUACAAUAAAAUUUGGAACUUAUAUUGAUGUUUUUUUUUUAUUGAAAACAUUUUAAGCAAUAGCCCACUUUUUAGUAUUUUUGUUUUUUUGGCGAUGAAGAAAUGAAUAAAAUAGGCCUUCUAUGCAUUUACUUAUUGCUGUUUUCUGUUGUCACAUGUUGAUUUCUUCAUUUAAUCUACUGUUUCUUCUUGUACAGUAUAACUUACUUGAUUCCUCCAACCGAACAAGAGAGGGUUUAUUUUAUUUAUAGGUUUCAAUGUGUAUUCUAAAAAAGACCAUUUAGGCGCAACAUGCAAUCAAAUAGGCGUAAAACUAAUUACUUUGGUCCUCGCUGACAAAGAGCUGAAUCAUUACCGUAUUAACGUUUAGCAGGAUU